UGACCCCUGCGCGAGGUCUGGGUUAGAGUGCUCGGAGCCCGGCUCCCCGCCCAGUGCUCCAGUCCGCGGGCUUCAUGGCGGCGCGGACAGUGUCCCGGAUACUGCUGGGGCUUGUGAGGUCCAGCGCCCGGGGCUGCAGCUCGGGGGCUCCGGUGACGCAGCCUAGCCCCGGGGAACCCUCGAGACCUUCCAGGGAGGAGCUGUCCACCAGGCUCCAGUUCCUCCGUGAGCACGCAGCUCCCUUCUCUGCUUUCCUCACCGACAGCUUUGGCCGGCAGCACAGCUACCUGCGGAUCUCCCUCACCGAGAAGUGCAACCUCCGAUGCCAGUAUUGCAUGCCAGAGGAGGGUGUCCCCCUGACCCCCAAGGCUGACCUGCUGACCACAGAGGAGAUCUUGACCCUCGCUCGGCUCUUUGUGAAGGAAGGUGUGGACAAGAUCCGGCUUACAGGCGGGGAGCCGCUCAUCCGGCCAGAUGUGGUGGACAUUGUGGGCCAACUGCAUCAGCUGGAAGGGCUGAGAACCAUCGGUGUCACCACCAAUGGCAUCAACUUGGCCUGGCUGCUGCCGAAGCUUCAGCAGGCAGGGCUUAGUGCCAUCAACAUCAGCCUGGACACACUGGUGCCUGCCAAGUUUGAGUUCAUCGUCCGAAGGAAAGGUUUCCACAAGGUCAUGGAAGGCAUCCACAAGGCCAUCGAACUGGGCUACAACCCUGUGAAGGUGAACUGUGUGGUGAUGCGAGGCCUGAACGAGGACGAGCUCCUGAACUUUGUGGCGUUGACUGAGGGCCUCCCCCUGGAUGUGCGCUUCAUCGAGUACAUGCCUUUUGAUGGCAACAAGUGGAACUUCAAGAAGAUGGUCAGCUACAAGGAGAUGCUGGACACCAUUAGACAGCAGUGGCCAGGCCUGGUGAAGCUGCCAGAGGAGGAAUCCAGCACAGCCAAGGCCUAUAAGAUCCCUGGCUUCCGGGGUCAGAUCAGCUUCAUCACAUCUAUGUCGGAGCAUUUCUGUGGAACCUGUAACAGGCUACGCAUCACAGCUGAUGGGAACCUCAAGGUCUGCCUCUUUGGGAACUCCGAGGUGUCUCUGCGGGACCACCUGCGGGCAGGGGCCUCUGAGGAAGAGCUAUUGAGAAUCAUUGGAGCAGCGGUAGGCAGGAAGAAGCGACAGCAUGCUGGCAUGUUCAGUAUUGCCCAGAUGAAGAACCGGCCCAUGAUCCUCAUCGGGAUAUUUUUGAUGCUUCAAGAGUCCCCACCAGCCAGUCAGAGCAUUUCCUCCUGGCAUCCCUUCCUCGUUUGGUGUCUGAAACCCAGAGGGAAUUUCUCUGACCAGAUGGCAACUUUGUGGAAAAGACUCCGUGUCCCAAAGACCCUUUCUCUGGUUCAACAGUGGCUGGGGUCUGUCUCCCCUUUGAGACACUACAACUCCCACACAGACUCAGACACCAACUCAAAGUGCCUUAGCCCAGGGUCCCAGGCUCAAGGCCACUCAGGACCCAGGUCAACCUCAAACCACCUAACUCAUGUGGACUCAGAAGGACGGGCAGCAAUGGUGGAUGUGGGUGGGAAGCCAGACACAGAGCGGGUGGCUGUGGCCUCUGCUGUGGUUCUCCUGGGACCCGUGGCCUUCAAACUUGUCCAGCAGAACCAGCUGAAGAAAGGAGAUGCUCUGAUGGUAGCCCAGCUGGCCGGAGUCCAGGCAGCCAAGCAAACUAGCCAGCUCAUUCCUCUGUGCCACCAUGUGGCCCUGAACCACAUUCAGGUACAACUGGAGCUGGACAGCACACGCCAUGCCGUGGUGAUCCAGGCAUCCUGCCGGGCCCGGGGUCCAACCGGAGUGGAGAUGGAGGCACUGACCUCAGCUGCCCUGGCUGCCCUCACCUUGUAUGAUAUGUGCAAGGCAGUCAGCAGGGACAUUGUGGUGGAGGAGAUCAAGCUCAUCAGCAAGACUGGAGGCCAGCGGGGGGAUUUCCAUCGGGCUUAGAGCUUCUGUCCCUCGCCUACUCUUGGGCCAGAUCUCCCAAGGGGCCCAAAGAAAAGAUACAUUCUUAAUUUUGCCACCAAAUAUCUUCACCAGUAGGAAUCCAGGAUCACCCUGCCCCUUUCAUAAUAAUAUUUAUAAUAACGUGUGAAGCUUCCUAUGUAGAAGACCUUGCCUUAGGUCUUGAUGCCUCUUGGGACUCUCAGGCAAUGGAGCUUGAAAAAGACACUAGAUGCCCUUCAAAAUCUUGCCCUAUUACAGAGGCUGUUUCACACAACCAGUUUUAGGCAGUCCCUCGCAUUUGGGGUUCUCUCUUCUUCCCUAGGGAGAGAAUAAGGGCUCAUUAAACAGAGGACCCCACUUAAGGAGGAAAAGCACAGGCUUGCAUAAAGAAUGAGUCACAGUAUGGCCAAUAUAGCUCAGCUGGGGAGUUAGAAGACUGUCCCAGCUUCUCUCCAGCACAGACCAGCCUCCCCUGGGUUGUGAAGCUGCAGCCCUGCCCUGUCCCCACAUCUCUACCCUCCCUCCAAGAGAGCCACUUGUGGCCUUUUGCUGGGUCUGUGCCUCUCAAAGUUAUAGGCGUUCAGCUUAACAGUAGCACUGACUUGCCAGCUUCCUGGCCUCCUCCAGCCCACUCUUCAAAUAGGAUGCACAUGUAUGGGCCACAGACCUAAGUACGCAUGCCGGCCUUCAACCCCACCUGGUUCUGCUCACUGCCGCUCUGCCCACCUCUACUCUGGUGCAUAUCAGGGAAGAACAUGGAAGACUACCUACACCCUCACAGCGUGCAAAGAAAGCUAAUUUUGGAGAUGUAAAAAUGAGGACUGUCUGUGGGGAGGGCACCAAGGUAUUCUCGUUUGACUCACAACUCAGCCUCAUCCCAAGACCCA